CGUGAUUUUACAAGAAAAUCACGAGUUAAACUCGUAUUAACGGAACUUAGGUCGUGUCGGAUUUACUACGGAUUGUAUCGUUGUAUUGAUGAUCGUGAUGUGGUGACAGCCCAGCGUGAUGAUGAGGCUCGACGCGCCUGAGAAGCAGCACCGCUACCACAACCUGCUCGAUGACGACCACGCCAAUGAGAUGCUAGAAGGCGAGGGCGCCGGAUUAGCGGUACGGGUCGCUGAGUUGGAGGUACGCUGUGCUCGUCAGGCGGAAGACCUACUUUGCCUGCGGUCGACUCUCGCUGAUGCGCUGAGGAGGCUCAACGCCCUCGAGGGCAGGGCUCCAACAGCCACGAGCGGGCAGAGAAACGGAGCUUAUGGUGGUUCACAAGGCACUCCAACGCGAGAGCUAAGGCUGCGCCAGCCCUCGUACAGAGAGACCGCCAAGAGAACCUCCAGUUACGGUUCUAGCGCAUCUUCAUUGCCACAGAGACGCGGCGUUCAACAUCAAUCAACAGGCUCGCUCCAGUCGGAUUCGCCCGCGUCGUCAUCGUCGCUGUCCCCCGCGCCCUCUCCUUCUCCCCGUGCCACACCUGCGCCGCACCACACUCCUCAUACGGCGCAGCCUUACAGAUCGCGCAAUAAUUCGACAUCGAGCAACCAAAGCGUAUCACCUGGCGGCAACAACUUGACCAAGCGAUGGAAUUCCACGGGAGACUUCAAUGCACACGGCUUAUUGCCUAACAGCAGAUUUACAACCACAAAGUCGUUGUUAAACUUAUAUUCUAAGCCGUCUCAGAACGGGCCUAUUCUGAAACAUGGUACCCACACCUGCCAGUACAAUGAAGAAGAUGGUACGAUGCGGAUGUACUUGCGUGGUCGUCCAGUCAUCCUUUAUGGUCCUAGCGAUCAGGACAACUUGGACCCUGCGAAGGUCGCACCGCCACCGCAGCAGAAGCUUAAAUUAGAGUGGGUGUAUGGCUACAGAGGCAAAGAUUGCCGCAGCAAUCUAUACCUUCUCCCAACUGGUGAGAUCGUGUACUUCGUGGCCGCAGUGGUCAUCCUUUUCAACGUCGAAGAACAGUGUCAGAGGCACUACACUGGACAUACGGAUGACGUCAAAUGCCUCGCUGUGCAUCCCAACAAGCUGAUUAUUGCUAGUGGGCAGUGCGCAGGACAUGAUCGAUUGGACGCUAGGCCCCACGUCCGAGUAUGGAAUUCAGUAUCCCUAGCAACUCUAGCGGUGAUCGGCGCAGGCCAAAUGGAGCGCGCAGUCGCCUGUGUCACCUUUUCAAGGGCUGACGGUGGUGCCUUACUGGCCUGCGUUGAUGAAGGGACAGACCAUACCAUCUCGGUUUGGGAAUGGCAAAGAUCUGAUAAGCAUUGCAUUGCUGAGACUAAGUGUUCCGUAGACACUGUGGUGGCCGCAGAAUUCCACCCACUAGACCGCAACCAAAUAGUAACCUGUGGGAAGAGCCACAUCGCGUUCUGGACUCUCGACCAGACCAACAUGCUGUACAAGCGCAUGGGCGUCUUCGAGACCCGUGACAAGCCCAAGUACGUCACGUGUCUUGGGUUCACCCAGAAUGGUGAUGUCUUAAGCGGCGACUCGAGUGGCAACAUAAUCGUGUGGGGCCGCGGUACCAACACCAUUCUGAAGCUGGUUCGUGGCGUCCACGACGGUUCAGUCUUUUCUGUUUGUUGCCUGAAAGAGGGCAAUAUCGUGACCGGAGGUGGCAAAGAUGGGAGAAUUGUUAUGUUCGACGCUGAUAUGAAUGCUACGGGUCUCGAGAACAUUAUCGAAGGUCACUACGGCGGAGUGCGCGUGAUAGCCGAAGGCCGCGGCAGUCAACUGUUCAUCGGCACCACCAAGAACUGCGUCCUGCAUGGAGACUUACAACUCGGAUUCUCACCUGCCGUUUUGGGUCACGUGGAUGAGCUCUGGGGCCUUGCAACGCACCCAUCUUUGCCCCAGUUCGUGUCUGCAGGCUGGGACAGGCUGUUGCAACUGUGGGACGGACUCAGUCAUUCUACCGUCUGGAGCAAAGAUAUUGAGGAGCGCGCACAGUGCUGCGCUUGGGGAGCCGACGGCAGCGUCAUCGCCGUGGGCUGCCUCUCCGGCAAGUGGAUGGUCUACGACCCUCACUCCAGGGAGCUGCUCGCCCAGCACCACGAUGGUUCGGAGCCAAUUCAAACCAUACAGUUUGCUCCGAACAAUAAGCUGGUCGCUCUGGGCUCGCGAGACAACUUCAUCUAUAUCUACCAGGUGGAUGACAACUGCACGAGGUAUUCAAGACUCGGGAAGUGCUUGGGCCAUUCAAGCUACAUAACACAUUUGGACUGGUCUGAAGAUAGCGAGUAUAUUAGGAGCAACUCCGGAGAUUAUGAACUUCUGUACUGGAAUGCAACAACGUGCCGCCAAAUUACCUCCGCAACACAAAUGCGUGACGUGUCUUGGGCCACCAACACCUGCCCCAUCACUUUCCAAACAAUCGGGGUGUGGCCCGAAAACGCCGACGGCACAGAUAUCAAUACCUGCACCAGGUCUCACGAUGCUAAACUGGCGGCGACCGGUGACGACUUCGGCAAAGUCAAACUCUACGCUUACCCUGUCACUCAGCCUAAGUCUCUGAGUCACCAAUAUGGCGGCCAUUCGUCGCAUGUGACGUGCGUCCGCUUCCUACCGGACGACUCGCGCCUCGUCAGCACUGGCGGGCUGGACACCAGCGUCAUGCAGUGGGUUGUCGAUUAAAUUGUUCGUUUUUCGAUGUUUUAUUUUUAAUACGCGUUUUAUAUUUUGUUUACAGUGAUUUGACGAAAAGAAAUAAUAAUUUCAAGCUUGAAUAAAAAUUAAUUGAAAGUAAACAAAUCAAUGUAAGAAAGAAACAACACCAUGAUUUAUUUUUGUCAGAUCACGAUUUUUUUUAUUUAUCGACUUUUACGAGCAACAUGAAAAAACAAAAUGUUGUAAAUGCAAAAACGUGGAAUUGAAUUGAUAGUACACUUGGAAAGGAUUUUAAGAUUAAGUAACUAUAAAACUUUGUUUGUACAAAUAUUAUGUAACAUUUAUUCAGGGUGUUAGAAAAAUCUUACUUCAUUGCAAUGAGAAAAUAAAGUGAGUUACACAUCGUAGAACGAAAGCUCGGUUGUCAGAAUCUCGACAAAAAUAAAAUUAUUAAAUCAUUCUGUCAAUUACUUAAAAAUGACAGAGAGGUAGAUUUUCCAGCUGACCCUAAAGGCCAAAGGCAUGUUAAAAAAUUCUUGGUUUUUUAGUUACUUUUAUAACAUCCUGAACUUGUAACUCGAAUGGUGAUUAAUACUGUUUAUAUUAUAAGGUGCACGUUUUGCUUUUGGUUUUUAUAAUGUCGACUUGUCAACUUUAUAUCUUUCAAAAAGUUCACUGUAUCUCUGAAUUAGAGGAUAAUUUGUUUUCUAUUGGGUUUAAAAACAAUAAGACUCUGAACAGUUAAGUAAUGCUUACUGACACUAAACUGAGAGUGCUCUGGACAGUGAAGAGAAAAGAUCAAAGUGAAGCUUAUUUACUUGCAAAAUAAAUAACAACAAGGUACUGAGAAUAAAUAAUAAUUUUGUAUGAUCUUUAGAUUUUUUUCAUAAGGCUUGAUGCUGACACCUAUCCUCAGAGUAGAUCGUUUAUUCCGAAAAAAAAACAAUCUAUAGUUAUAGAGAACAGUCUUACUUUUUAGAUAAUAUUUUAUAUAAUAAAAAUGUUUGAAUGCAAUGAUCUAGAACGAUAGCACUGGUUGUGAUGGAAAUGCAAUAGAACGAUUUUAUAAUAAAACGAGCCGUAUCCUCCUUAUCCUCCAUUAUACUACUACAUUUUUAUCAAUCGACUGAACAUAUAGCUUUAUACAAUAAAAAAUAAUAAUGAUAGUGCAGUUAUGUUCUAAUGUGCCUAUUUACAUGGUCUACUACUUUUAGAUUGAUUACUUCAUAAUUACGUUCCAUAUAUCAUUAUACUCUAGCCAAUUUAGAUAGGUAUAGAAUGUUUAAUAACAAAAUUAUUACUUUGAAUACUGUAAGGCAUGUUUUUAUGUAAAGACGUAUUACAAAAGUGCAUAAAUGUUUGCAAUUUCCCCUUUUAAAUGAAUGAAUCAUUAGGGAUGUCACAGUUUUACAAAUAAUUAAUUACUUGUAAAUCUUAUGUUAGUUUCAAAUUACUUCCUAGUGAUUUGAAAAUUUUAUUGAACAAAAUAAUCUCUCAAUAAUAAUAUUAUCAAUUGUCUGAUGAAAUUUCGGGAAAGAUAUAGAAAUUGUUGUAAAUGUAAAACAGAGGUGAAAACCCUAAAAAUCAUGUUUUUGUUUUACAUCGAAUUUGGCUAGAGUAUAGUUUCUUAUUUGAAACAUAUUAGUGUUUCCUUCGAAAUUUUAUAAGUUUCAAAAAAAACGAAUUCGAAAAAAAAAACACAUUGAAUUUUUAAUAUUUCACAUUACUAGAUUAACGAUUGGCAACACUAUAAACUAUUUAAAAAAUAUGUAGAUUUUGAACACUUCCAACACUGAUAAUGUAGUCAUUCAUUGUGCAACAUGUUAUGUGAAAGAGGACAUAUUUAUGCGAUAGUGAAAAGUGAAUCAAUUUUAGAUUUGGAACUAGAGCAACAUAUUAAAUGCCCCAAUAGCUGUUUCUCUCCCAUAUUGGCCAACAUGUUGCAAAUUGAAUGUCGCGCUUUAACGUAAUUGAGCUUUUUUGCGGGGUAACUUGAGUGAAUAAGCAUAAUAAUAAUAUUUUUAUGGCACGAUUUUUAAUAUUAUUUAAUAAUUUUAAGCCAUGAAGAUCAAUUACAAAUUAGGGAUAGAUAAUUAUUUUUACUUUUUUAUAUUAUUGUGGUUCUUGAAAAUGUAAUUGGAGAUCUCCAGAAUGAAUUAAUAUUGUGCCCUAUUCUGCUGUGUACAGUAUUAAUUUCUAUAUCGUAUACUGACUGAUCAUUAAGAAAUGAACUGUUUUAAUAACAGUUUUCAAAAACCACAAAAUUAUUCUUUUUAUUUUAGAUUAAGCUUAAUUCCAAGUAGUAAUUAAAUAUUCGUAAUCGCAAAAAUGAUUGCGAUUGGCUCCAACUCAGGCUUGUCCUCUUAUAUAAUUUGCUGUAUUUACGAAUGUUUAAUAACUACUAAUCCACAGACAACAUUCCUUUAGUUCUUUGCGGUUUUACUGUAACCUAGUCACUGAUUUCAUUUCUAUUACGGAUUAAUUAACUCUUCUGUAAAAUUGGCAUUUUAUAACUGUCCACAGUCGUCACAUCAUUGGGAAUAAUCGUUGAAUUUGAUAAGAAUCUGACUAUACUAACUAGUUAGAGAACGAGCAGUGUGUUAAAGAACAAAACUCCUCCGACGUUACGCGAGUUUCUACAGGCGUGGGAAGUCAAACGGUUUUGCGCAAACGCGCCGUGGGAAGGAGGCUGCCCGAGCGCGCCCGUGCUGAACCGUGGCGCCCAGUUCGGGUCCACCACUGGUCGGUAACUUCAAAGGCGCGGCCUAGCUCUCGAUAAAUUCUCGAAUACGCGUCGCCACGCGUGAGGCCCGAGGCCGCCCGGACUCGUCCGUUUUGCGAGCUCGCCCGUACAAAUCGGCGGUUUGACAUCACGGGCCGUGGGAACGCACCCU